UCUCUGUCUGUCGGUCCCAGCGUUGCCAUUCCGACGCACAGCCCCCAACGGAGGCGCAACAGCUAAACGGAGUUGCCCAAGUGGACUUCCUUUAGAACCUCCGGUCCAGUCCCCACGUCUUCGGAUGCGGGUUCCUCCCACCUCCCAACCUAAUUCGGUGCGCGUGGGGUGGGAGGACAGCAACCCCGGAGUGAGAUAAAGAGAGAAAGACAAGAGAUGCGCCCGUGGUCAGAUGCUGGUGAAGUCAAAUCACGGGAACGAGACGGCGCCCAGUCACUGGAAUAACGGGACGUGAGUAAAUAACGGGGGUGGGUGGGAGGGGUUUAAAAAAAAAAAGAAGCAACAAUAACAACAAAAGACACUUGGAUGAUGCUGGAAUGGUGCGGCAGGAGCCCUCCGUGAUAUGAGUGAGGAACACAAAGCCCCGCAGCGGUGAUCACUGUUUGAGCCCACCAUCCAUCCUUCCUACCAUCCAGCCAGCCAGCAGCCAUCCUGAGGGUCUCUAUUCAUGUUACAAAAGCCUGGCUCCUGACAAUGGAUUACUUGCUGUGGGUGUGCAGCCUCCUCGUGCCAAUGGUGUUGGCUGUUGAAGAAACGCUUAUGGACAGUCGCUGGGCGACAACAGAGCUGGCCUGGACUACAUUCCCAGAAAGUGGGUGGGAAGAAGUGAGUGGCUAUGAUGACUCCAUGAGCCCCAUCAGAACCUACCAGGUGUGUAAUGUCCGACAGCCCAACCAGAACAAUUGGCUCAGGACGGACUAUAUCCCCCGCAGGGGUGUACUUCGCGUCUACGUGGAGCUCAAAUUCUCCGUGCGCGACUGUGCCAGCAUCCCCAACAUCCCCGGCUCCUGCAAAGAGACCUUUAAUCUGUUUUACUACGAGUCUGACGGGGACACGGCCACGGACACCACCCCCCUGUGGAGGGAGAACCCUUAUGUGAAAGUGGAUACGAUCGCCCCCGAUGAGAGUUUCUCUCUCCUGGAAGCUGGCAGGAUCAACACCAAAGUGCGCAGCUUCGGCCCCCUGUCCAAGUCGGGCUUCUUCUUGGCCUUCCAGGACCUGGGAGCCUGCAUGUCACUGAUCUCGGUCCGGGUGUUCUUCAAAAAGUGCUCCACCACCAUCGCUAAUUUUGCCGUCUUCCCUGAGACCGCCACGGGGGCGGAAGCCACUUCCUUGGUCAUUGCGCCGGGGGCCUGCGUGACAAACGCUAUGGAGAUGUCCGUCCCGUUGAAGCUCUACUGCAACGGUGACGGAGAGUGGAUGGUUCCGGUGGGCGCGUGCACCUGCGUCGCUGGCUACGAACCCUCCGCCGAUCGCGCCCAAUGCCAAGCUUGCAUCGCCGGGACUUUCAAAUCCAAAUUCGGUGACGGCUCCUGUAUCGCGUGUCCGUCCAACAGUCGCACCGGUGCCCGAGGAGCCAGUGUUUGUCCCUGCCAAAGUGGGUUCUACCGCGCCGAUAGCGACCCACCUGACACCGCCUGCACCACAAUCCCGUCGGCUCCCCGCAAUGUCAUUUCCAGUGUGAAUGAGACCUCGCUGUCCCUGGAAUGGGAGGAACCCGAAGACGGCGGUGGCAGGAAUGACCUGGUGUAUAACGUGGUGUGUAAGAAGUGCCUGCGGGACCGCAGCCCGUGCACGCGCUGCGACGACAACGUGGACAUCUCCCCUCGAAGGCUGGGGCUGCGGCAGAGGAAGGUCGUGGUGAGGAAUCUGCAGGCUCACACCCGCUACAGCUUUGAAGUGCAAGCGGUCAACGGUGUCUCCGGGAAGAACCCCACCUCGCCGCGUUACUCCACAGUCAACAUCACCACCAACCAGGCCGCACCGUCCGCAGUCCCAACAGUCCAUCUGAUGCGUUCCACCGCAGACACUCUGAGUCUAUCAUGGUUGCCUCCGGAGAAACCUAACGGGGUCAUUCUGGACUACGAGAUUAAAUACCACGAAAGGGGCCAGGCUAUGUCACACACGGUAACGUCCCAGCACAGCUCAGCCAAGGUGGAGGGGCUGAGGGCCGCCACGCCCUACGUUGUGCAGGUGCGAGCUCGCACUGUCGCAGGAUACGGUCGCUACAGCAACCCCAUGGACAUCAGCACCAGCCUGCACAGUGAUCCUCAGAAGUCUGUGCAGGAUCAGCUGCCUCUCAUCAUCGGUUCCGCCUCUGCAGGGUUGGUGGUCAUUGUUGCCAUGGUGGUAAUUGCUGUUGUCUGCCUCAAGAAGCAGCGCAGUGGCUCGGAGCUGGAGUACACGGAGAAACUGCAGCAGUACAUUUCUCCAGGUGUAAAAGUGUACAUCGACCCUUUCACCUACGAGGACCCCAAUGACGCCAUCCACGAGUUUGCGAAGGAAAUCGACAUUUCCUGCAUAAAGAUUGAAGAAGUCAUCGGUGCAGGUGAGUUCGGCGAGGUGUGUCGUGGACGGCUAAAGCAGGCCGGCCGCAGGGAGAUGGUGGUGGCCAUCAAGACCCUGAAAGCGGGCUACACGGAGCGCCAGAGGCGGGACUUCCUGGCCGAGGCGUCCAUCAUGGGCCAAUUCGACCAUCCCAACGUCAUCCGGCUGGAGGGCGUGCUGACGCGCAGCUGCCCCGUCCUCAUCAUCACAGAAUUCAUGGAGAAUGGCGCGCUUGAUUCCUUCCUGCGGCUGAACGAUGGCCGCUUCACGGUGACUCAGCUGGUGGGGAUGUUACGGGGCAUCGCCGCGGGAAUGAAGUACCUGUCGGACAUGAACUAUGUCCACAGAGACCUCGCUGCCCGCAAUAUCCUGGUCAACAGCAAUUUGGUGUGCAAGGUCUCAGACUUUGGUCUGUCACGCUUUCUGGAUGACACUUCGGCCGACCCCACUUACACAAGCUCACUGGGAGGGAAAAUUCCCAUCCGGUGGACGGCGCCAGAGGCCAUCGCCUUCAGGAAGUUCACCUCUGCGAGCGACGUGUGGAGUUACGGCAUCGUUAUGUGGGAGGUGGUGUCGUAUGGAGAAAGACCCUACUGGGACAUGAGCAACCAGGACGUGAUGACGGCGGUUGAGCAGGACUACCGGCUCCCCCCGCCCAUGGACUGCCCCAUGGUGCUGCACCAGCUCAUGUUGGAAUGCUGGAUGAAGGAGCGCAACCUGAGGCCCAAGUUCUCGCGCAUCGUCAACACGUUGGACAAACUGCUGCGCAACGCCGGCAGCCUCAAGGUGGUGACGAGCACGUACUCGGGGGACCUGCUGAGGCUGGGAGGAACGCUGCCGGGACACAACAGGAAAAGUCCGGAGAGCAGUGAGGAAAUUGUGCGGCAGCAAAUGAGCCAAACUCUCCCCAUCAGAGUGUGAGCUGCCGCCAAAAGCGACCUCGUGGAGACGGAACGCUCAAAAGAAACUACCUAGAGAAACUCUCGAGGCGAAGCGCCCGAUGUAAAAUAACCAGAGGGAAGCUCCCACUGCACAGGAAGGACCACUCGGAUUACUUUGUGCGAGCGCUCGAAGACUUUGUGUUAAAAGAGAAUGUUCCAUUGCGGUCUGUGUGUGUGUGUGUGUGUGUGUGUGUGUGUGUGUGUGUGUGCGUGCGCGCGUGUGUUCUUCAUUGGUGGUUUUGUGACUGUUGACAUCACGCCAAACUUCUUCUGGGCCCUCUCAGGUUGUGUUUGCAUGUUUGCAUGUGUUUUCUGCUGGUUGGGAGCCAGUUGGGCUUCUCCUCGAGAAACUUAGGAUGAGGGUCUGGAAGGAUCCGACAGUGCCAAGAUUCAAAGACAGCUGUUGGAGGUGUCUUUUUAGUUUUGUUUUUUUUUUUCCAGUAUCAAUUGGGAAUCGUAAAACAAAUACAAAAAAGACAUGGAAAAAGUAAUUCAUUAUUUAGUUGCAAAGACUGAGCAGGAAAUCGAGUUAAAUUGUGGCGACAUAGCGUCAAAAUGUUUUAUCACCGGGAAAGUUUGACUGUUUUUUUUUUGUUUUUUUUGUGGGAGGUCGGGGUGAGGCUAUAUAAACACUUGAGCGCCAUUGUUUGCGUCAGUGGUUGUUCAUUGUAACUGCAAGUGACUCACAUCCAUUCCGAGCAGUUAGCGCAUGGAUUUAGCUCGCUGGGUAUGCGCGCAUCUCGAAAAUGCCUCUCCCUGGGAUGUCCCCCCCUUUUCAGAACAAGCUCGGUGUUGUCAUUUAAAUCCCCGAGUUCGGUGGUGACAUUGCGAACGACGUCAAAUGAAACCCGAGAGCCCGUAAGCUAGCUCGUGGCGAGCUUCUGUCGUUGCGUUUUGGAUUUACUCCAAUUUGGCAGGGUUUCUAAAAAAAAAAAAAACUCUGCGGUGUGUCUAAUAUGGAAGAUAUUUAUUUUUAUUUUACAGGGACUUGGAAAUGGUCAGGUUUAUGUGACCCGUAUGUUUGAUGAAUUUACGUAGCUUGUUAGUCGCCACAGUCAGUCCAGACCACCAGCUAGCACCUUCACUUAUCGGAGGACAGGACAGGACAGGACAGGACAGGACAGGAGUCCCAAAAGAUAAAGGUACCUAAGCAGCCUUCUCUUCCGUGCCUUCAUGCGCUCCCGGAAGGAUUCUUUCACGAUCCUCCACAACUUUCGUCGACGUAACAAUCCCAUGAGCUUGAGAAAUCGGAAAAGCAUUUGACCGACUGUGGCUGCUAACCUGCUAGCGUAUCUUGUGAGGAAUCCCAAUUGCCAAAUUUACGGGUCCCCGUAAACACAACCAAAUACUCAAAUCAAACUCUGUCCUCUGGCACAUUUUUUUUUUCAAUUCAUUCAUUUUAUUUCAUAGAAUCGAAUUCAUUUCACUCUUUGUGUUGGAUUCAAAAGCAAUUAAAAUAAUGAGCUAACUUUUGUUUUUGCAAUUGCCAGUUGAAACAAAAAAGAACAAAUGCUACACAGAUUAUUAUUUUAUUUUUUUUACUUAAUCUACUCUGUCUCUCUCUUCCUGUUACUUUUUUUUUAGGGGGGGGUCACUUGCCAGGUAAAUUUGCUUCCACGUAAACUUCAUGUCUUCCACACAUGAACUGGGAGAAUUCCGUGUUCUAAUUGUGUACAAAGCAUCCGAGUCUUCACGUGGUCUCUCCUCGCAGAGCAAGACUGCAAAAUGAUACUGUGCUGGACACGUCCGUCACGUGCAUGCCAAAUUGGAAUCUUCCGCGUUAUAUGUUGCUUUGCCGGCAUUUGCUACGGACUUUAACGUCCGCAUUUUCUUAUUUGAAACCUAUACGCAUUGUUUCGAAUGCUAACUUAAGACUGAUGAAGUGUAUUUGUGCUUUUUUUUUUUAAAACCGAGGCUCAAAGGUUUUUUUUUGUUUUUUUUUUAAUUACAACGCUCGCGUGGUCGUGCGCGUGCGUGCGUGUUUUCUUUCAGUGAUCGAUCAGACCAGAAUGAAUGAGUAAACCUUUGAAAGGACAAAAUGGAGACAAUUCUGCUAUUCAGCUUUUCCAUGUGACUAUUUUUUGCAUUUUAAUGAACGACGCCUGUGAAUUGUCGCUCCGACUUUGGCAAACAUGUUUGCGUUAAAAAGGUCACGCCAACAGAUGAAAGCGUUCUGACCUUAAAACUGAACUGACCCACAAAUGUGGAUUGAAAGUCGACGGCUUCCCGAUCCGUUACUCCUGAAUGUUGUCCGGUGCGGUUCCUAUUCAAGUCAAUGACUGCCUGUAUAUACCCCAUGGUAACUCUUUUGGAUCAAUCCGCAUUGUACUGCUUUCUGACCUGACUUUGGCCUCUGUGUGACCUUUGUUUACAUGCUUGUUUGUUUGUUGGUGAGGAAGCAAACAAUGGCAAAAAAAAUGAAAAGUGUUAACGGUCAUUACGUAUCUGAAACUGUGUCACAAAGAAAGAAGAAGAAAACAUGCGUCUGUAAGGGCGGACUUUUUCCUGUGCAAUUCAAGGUGUAGUAGAUACUGUAUAUCCCAAAAAAAAACACACACACACAAAAAAAAGCCAGAAAACUAGAAGAAAAAUCUGCAUUUCUCCUUCAAUAUUUUUACGAUAAUCAUAUGCAAAUAAAUUAUUAAACAGA